AUGGAGGAUUCUGCGGAAGAGAGCCUUGAUGGCUCGUCGAUAAAACCUGUAUCCUCCCUCCGAUCCCACUUCGAACAGAUGGCAAAUUCAAACCCGAAUAAUAAUGAUACCCCCCGAGCUAUAUCACCAAAAUCGCAAGGCCACCUUGGUAAUGGGACGGGAGAUUAUGUAAAAGGCCUCCCAGGGAAACAAGAGAGUACGAAGGUGUCCGGGGACAGUCAACAGAUCACGAGAGGCAGGCCAAGGGACCUGGUUGACAUUGGAGGACUCCAUCCGCUUCGAACGAGCAGCAAUGCCGCCCCGUCGCCUUCACCGACACCUGCUUUUCGAGCAAAGCCUGCAGUGUCAAUCCCCCCAGCAGUCACAAUCGAGCCUCCACAAUCUCCUCCCAAGGAAAAGGGUCUGAACUUAAGUUUGUCAAGUACUCCGGCAUAUCUCUCGGCGGAUGCCCCCUCACCAGCUGGCUCUCCCUCAGGAAGAUCGUCCCCAAGGCACUUCAGAAUUCCAAGCAGACCCCAUACACCUCUUUUGGAGCCUGGGAGCUUGCCUCCUUCUCAACCUCCUUCUCCACCCCCACCUCGACGGUCUGGGGAAAUGAGGCGAUAUUCGUCGUACAACCCAUUACCACCUCCUAUCAACAGGGCGGAUAAACCGAAGGUUGCGAGCAAGCCUACAUCCUUGGGGUUGAGGAAUGGACCGUCUGCAUUAGAACCUUCUCCAACUCGGACCUCAAUGGACCGACCCUCCCCAUUUAGUACCCCUCCUAGUAGUAGUGACAGUAACCCCGAGCAUGAGAUACCUGCACCACUUCCCCGACAUCCGAGGCCCAAUAGCACAAUUGAGGCACUUACACGGACAUCAACUCCUCAAAGACAGUUUGAACCACCUCCUGUGCACCAUGUGGUUAUAAGCAAGCGAAAGGACCAGGAACUUAAUGGUUUGGGCCGAGCAUUCAUAUCUCCUCAGGUUACAGGUGAUCUGAGACCGGCAUUACCUACAAGACCUCCAGUAACGUCUGAAGCUCAAAAGCUCCGGGUACUAUCUCCACCAACCUCGAUGAUGCCGCCACCGCCUCCACGGCCAUCCAUGGAUCGCAAGCGCCCAAAUUUAAAUACCGAUACUGUUAUAAAUCCAACUCCAAGUGUGACUACCCCCAAAAGAAUAUCCUCUACGCCAACAACCCAAUCACAAACUCCACCGAGGUCCCAUGGACGAUCCAUGACGGUGGACAGAACGUCUGAUAGAGCUCCUGCCGAGUUUCGAACGCCUAUAAGAACGCCUAUAACUACGCCUGUAACCCCGCAACGUGCGGCGUCUUCUGCGUCUUACAUCACUCAAACCUUAAGUUUGACCACGGGCGAUUAUCCCGAUACUUCGUCUUCAAAUAGGCGACCUCCCGUGCAUAAGCAGGGUAUUCAUGAGAUAUCCGCCGGCGAUAAAGACGCCCCUCGAAUCAUGGAUGUUUGUGGCGAGUUUCUCUGUGCAGCCAGCACUAGAGGCAUCCGAGGCUGGAGCUUGCGCCAUGAUAGAGAAAUAAUGACCGUUAUUCCCGAGGAUGGUACCAAAGCUCUUUCGAUGGCUUUCAAGCCUACGUCAGACGUUGAGGAUGAAGGCAGCCUGCUCUGGGUGGGUAAUAAUAUCGGCGAGAUUAUUGAGUUAAAUGUUGCUGCGCAGGGAGUAGAGAUUAAAAAGCGCAACGCACACACUCGACGCGAUGUUAUUCAGAUACACAGGUACUUGAAUCAAAUGUGGACUAUCGAUGAAAGUGGUCUGCUAUAUGUGUGGCCGCCAGAUACUACUGGAUCUCCCAACCUCGCCAAUCUCCCUUCAAACCCUUUCAGGUUGCCAAAAGGGCAUACUUUCUCAAUGAUUGUCGGUAGCGAACUAUGGCAUGCAGCAGGCAAAGAUAUACGGAUCUUCGUACCAACCGUGGACGUAUCAGUGCAGUUUCAAGUUCUUCAACGGCCGCUACGUCAAGAAAAUGCCGGGGAGGUGACAUCAGGCGCUGUUAUUAGCUCUCAACCAGAUCGUGUCUACUUCGGCCACACAGAUGGGAAAGUCAGCAUCUAUUCUCGCGAGUAUGAGUUCAUCAAGCUUGUACAUAUCAGUGUUUAUAAGAUCACAUCUCUUGUGGGUGUCGAUGGUCUGCUUUGGGCUGGCUUCAGCACCGGAAUGGUCUACGUCUACGAUACAAGUCAGACACCGUGGGUGGUGAAGAAAGAUUGGCAUGCUCAUCAGGACCCUAUUGUCAGAUUACUGGUGGAUCGAAGUAGCUUCUGGACGCUCAAUCGUUCACAGGUCAUAUCACUAGGCCAGGAUAACAUGUUUAAGGUAUGGGAUGGACUACUUGAGAAGGACUGGAUUGAAAACCAAAUGCAAUCUCAAGAAGGAGACUUCUGUGAUCUUAGCAGUGUGCAAGCUUUAGUCAUGACUUGGAAUGCUGGUGCAAGCACUCCUUAUGAUUUGAAUAAAAGACCUACAGAUGAAUCAUUUUUCCGCAAUCUACUGCAAAGUAGCCGCCGCCCUGACAUUCUCAUUUUCGGGUUUCAGGAACUUGUCGAUCUCGAGGAUAAAACGCGUACAGCUAAAAGCUUUUUCAAAUCCAAAAAGAAAGAUCCAAAUUCCGAACAGGAGCAUAUGAGCCAUCAAUAUCGAGAUUGGCGUGACUAUUUAACUCGUUGCUUGGACGAUUACAUGCCUCGAGAAGAUUUGUAUCACCUACUGCACACUGGGAGUCUUGUAGGUCUGUUCACCUGCAUAUUUGUAAGGGCGCCUCUCAGAGAACGCAUACGUGGCGUUAGUGCGGCUGAAGUCAAACGAGGGAUGGGCGGGCUACAUGGCAACAAGGGCGCUCUGGUUGUUAAGUUUCUACUAGACGAUACCUCAUUAUGCUUUGUCAACUGUCAUCUAGCAGCUGGUCAGACGCAGACGAGAGAUCGUAAUGCUGACAUAACGGCAAUACUUGACGGCUCGCUCUUCCCCGCAGAACGGGACCACAGUGUCCGACAGGACAGUUAUGUGGGCGGAGGUGAUGGCACUAUGAUACUCGAUCACGAAAUCUGUGUUUUAAAUGGCGAUAUGAACUAUCGCAUUGAUACAAUGGGGAGAGAUACGGUGGCCAACAUCUUGAAAGCCAAUAAUCUCAGCAAGUUGCUCGAAAGGGACCAGCUACUAGCAUCCAAGAGGAAGAACCCUUGGUUCAAACUCCGCGCGUUUUGCGAACUUCCGAUUACAUUUCCGCCAACGUAUAAAUACGAUGUGGGCGAGGACCGGUACGACACGAGCGAGAAAAGGAGAUCUCCAGCUUGGUGCGACCGAAUCCUGUACAGGGGUCGUGACCGUAUUGAGCAGCAGAACUAUGGACGGCAUGACCUUCGGGCCUCUGAUCAUAGGCCUGUUACCGGGGAGUUCCGUAUGGUAAUUAAGACCAUUUCUCCGCAGAAACGUGCGCAGAAAUGGGAAGAAUGCCACAAACAAUUAGUAGGCAUGAAGGAAAGGCACGGCAACGAUAUGAUGCUCGAUUACCUUGGAAAUGUCAUUGGCUUCGAUGCUGCCACAAGCAAGCAAUUGAUCUUACAGAAGCAGAAGGGCCGAUGA